CCGCGGCGCGGGCAGGGGGCGUCCGCGCGUCCGCGCCCUCGGGCGGCGGCGUCGCCCGGGCCCCAGCGGCCGCCCCCUCCGCCCACGCGCCAGGGCGCAGGUUUGGACUUCCUAAAAAAUCCUUUCACAGUGACCAACCCCACUUCUAACGUGACAUAAACAGCUCCUCCCACCCUCCUCACAGUGACUUUGGCCAGGAGUGGAGUGGCGGGCACAGAUGUUCAUCAAUGCCGCCCUUGGCAGCACCCAAGGGACAGUGGCGGCCAUGCCUCCCCCUGCGCCCCCGCUCUAACCUGCAUGGUGUGGGUGCCCUUGGGACCCCAGAGGACUGACUGUCUGAUCUUGCUUCACACCCCCAACGUCAACUCCUCCAAGAUGUCUGUCGAGUGGCUGGUGGCCUGGAGCUGGUCGCUGGAUGGCCUGAGGGACUGCAUCGCCACGGGCAUCCAGUCCGUGCGGGACUGCGACACCACCGCCGUGGUCACCGUGGCCUGCCUGCUGGUCCUGUUCGUGUGGUACUGUUACCACGUGGGCAGGGAGCAGCCCCGGCCCUACGCCGCCGUCAACUCGCUCAUGCAGAGCCCGGAUGCCAACGGGCUGCAGGACGGGUAUGUGUACUGCCAGUCCCCCGAGUGCGUGCGCUGCACCCACAACGAGGGCCUCAACCAGAAACUCUACCACAACCUGCAGGAGUACGCCAAGCGCUACUCCUGGUCGGGCAUGGGCCGCAUCCACAAGGGCAUCCGCGAGCAGGGCCGCUACCUCAACAGCCGGCCCUCCAUCCAGAAGCCCGAGGUCUUCUUCCUGCCGGACCUGCCCACCACGCCCUACUUCUCCCGGGACGCACAGAAGCACGACGUGGAGCUGCUGGAACGGAACUUCCAGACGAUCCUGUGCGAGUUUGAGACCCUCUACAAAGCGUUCUCAAACUGCAGCCUCCCGCAGGGCUGGAAAAUGAACAGCACCCCAAGCGGGGAGUGGGUCACCUUUUACUUGGUCAAUCAGGGGGUUUGCGUCCCCAGGAACUGCAGGAAGUGCCCACGGACGUACCGCUUGCUCGGAAGCCUUCGGACCUGUAUUGGGAACAAUGUUUUUGGGAACGCAUGCAUCUCCGUGCUGAGCCCUGGGACUGUGAUCACAGAGCACUAUGGACCCACCAACAUCCGCAUCCGAUGCCAUUUAGGUCUGAAAACUCCCAGCGGCUGUGAGCUGGUGGUGGGGGGAGAGCCCCAGUGCUGGGCCGAGGGCCGCUGCCUCCUCUUCGAUGAUUCUUUCCUGCACACUGCAUUCCAUGAAGGUUCAGCGGAGGAUGGCCCACGGGUGGUUUUCAUGGUGGAUUUGUGGCAUCCAAAUGUCGCAGCAGCCGAACGGCAGGCCCUGGAUUUCAUCUUUGCGCCGGGACGAUGAAAACAUUCCCGUGCUGGAGCCGGCGAGAGUGGCUGUGGGUCAGCCUGGGCAGGCCGGUCUGGCCUGGCCGUGCCCGCUUAACGAGGCCGCGCUCAGAGAGCGGCCCCCACAGAGAGCACUUCUGUGGGCUUUUUACAUCACGCUGGGCCCCUCUCUCCUUCGGUCAUUGUAAAUGGGAAAUUCUCAGCCUGUAUUUCCUUCAGUUUUUCCUUCCGAUCAUCUGCUUCUGCCUAACAGUGCAUUACUUUGCUCCGUGACCGGAGGCUGGAGCCCCUGGUGUCUAUGUCGUGUCGCUCCCUGGUUUUUCAUUGCUCUGAAAUAGAGUAACCAAGUGGCUAUUUGUCUGAAUGUAACAACGUCAAAGUUCCUGUGGUCAUCUUAAAAGAAAACAACAAAAACAAAACAAAACAAAACAUUGCCAACCAGAGAGCUGGAGAACUGGGUCCCCGCUGCUGUCACAGUCACACGGGGCCUUCAGCCACCCCAGGUCAGGGGAGAGAUGCGGGCCCCACCCCCGGCUGGCUUCUCCGGCAGGGUGGACACGGUCAGGGUGGUGCAUAGCCUCAGGCCACUGUCCCCAUCGCUAGCCUCACUCCAACCCGUCAGGUCCCCAUGGCAAAGAGCGUUUGGCGGGCGGGGCUGGAGGCCUUCUGUAAACAUCGCUUUUCUACAGAGGCUGGCGUCCUCGAGAGCCACGGUGGGGCUCCCAGGGAGCAGCUGUGGAGCGUGUGAUCCGCUUACCUCACUGCCCACAGAAGCCCUCCUCCCACACCGGGCCUGGAGCCGUCCCCGUUGUAGCGGCUUUGAGUCCACAGUGAUGCACGUUAAGACCACCAGGUCAGCUGAUAGGAGCUGCGGUGGGAUGAGACCGCCCCUACUCUGGGAAAGCCUUUCUCUGGCAAGACUGGAAUCGUACAUCUGACCAAAGUGUCCGUUUGCUUUGGAGUUCUGUUGCCCCUGAUUUUCCGUUUAUUUGUCUGUACAUAAAUGUUCCAACCCUGGACUCAGAGGUUGUGGAAGAGUCAGCCGUGUGUCUCUGUCACUGCACAAGUACCAAGUGACGGCGACCUCAGCUAGUGAGGACACCAGUGAGGACACUGGGAAGGCUGCAGACCCAGGGGACCCACCAUGUGUGAAAGAGUGGCCUCUAGCCAUGCUAGAGAUGCCGUUUCUGAGUCCUGUGUGAUGGCAGCGUCAGGCUUAUAAAGCCACGGAGUGGAAUGGCAUCUACGGCUCGCCACACGUACGGUCCAGUGUUUAUAUCCGAACAGGGACCAGCAGCUUCGGUGAGGAACGGCCAUCACAAGUCAACGCGAUCUGAAAUGCACUCUGCAGUUACUAGCAAGUGGGCAAAGAAAACAUGUCUCCAUUUGAGUAAAAUUUCUACGCAGAUGUUUUUCAGUGAUUCGAAUGCAGGAGAGAGCAGAAAUUUCCAACACUCCUGAAGUCUUUUUACUCAUGAAGUGUCUUGUUGGAGCCCCUGGGGUGCAUGACUCCUGUACAUACCGACUGCUCUGCGUCCACACAGCCCGCGCAGGGCCCGGCUGCCUGUGCUCACGGCCGUGGUUGGGGACCAGGAGGUAAUAAAGGAUC